CGUAAGAAAUCUAUAACUACUGUGACUUGCAGCGGCAAUAUGGGUUUAUUUGGUAUUGUUAUUGUGGUCCUAACCGUAACGAGUGCUUCUACUACCGCACUUUUGACAGAAUGUCCGAGGGGAUGGACCGAAUGGCAGGAUCAUUGCUACUACUGCUUUCUAGAGCCAAAAACGUGGGAGGACGCUGAUACGAUUUGCAAGAAUUACAAUGGCUACUUGGCAUCCAUUCAUAGCAGACAAGAAAAUGAUAAAAUCAACGAAGUGUGCGCAAGUCUUUUUGAUUUGUGGAUCGGUUACAAUGACAAAGGCUGGGAGGGGAUAUGGACAUGGUCUGAUAGCACGGCAGUUGAAUACACUAACUGGGAGUCUGGACAACCAGAUGGUGAAUCUGGUUUGAUUGACGGGGACGUCAGUUGCGCUAUGCAAUCCAAUGAACUACUAAUUCCGUUACCUGGCUCGGGUGGCGAAUGGGUUGAUGAAAACUGCAACGACGAACACGCUUUCACUUGCAAGUCCAAACUACAUGAGGCCCAGUAACAUGUAUAUUGUUAUGAUGGUAACUAAAAUCUACAAACUGGUGUUCACCUCGUUAAGAAACGUAAUGAAGUGUUUUAUUUUACAAAGUAGAACUUUAAAAAAAAUGAUUUGAAGAAUUAUUAUUAAAUUAUUAAAUUAUGAAUAUUAUAAUGCUUAAA